AUGUCCUCGCUAGUUUCUCCCGAUAUUGUUUCUCAACUGAACCAAGUAUUAUCAAAUUUGGCUUCCAAUGAUAAUAAUCUUCGUUCAAGUGCUGAACAACAACUGAAUGAACACUGGAUCGCGCAGCAGCCGGAUUUAUUACUUCUUUCUUUAAUACAGCUUGGAAGAUCUCACGAAGAAAUACACGGUCGCUCUUUUGCUUUUGUGCUGCUUCGAAGAAUUGCAUUCAAGCAAGUUCCAGGUACUCAAAAAACGGACGAUGCCACAAUAUGGGACCGCCUUCAAGAACAGAGUAGACAAGCAAUCAAAAAUGAACUUUUAAUGUCGCUUUCAGUUGAGCGAGAGAAUACUGUACGUUAUAAAGUUUGUGAUGCCGUAUCUGAAGUUGCUAAAAAUUCCUUCCUCAAAGGACAAAAGUGGGGUGAACUACUACCUGCUCUAUUUGAAGCCAGUAAAUCUCCUUCUGCCGAACAUCGUGAAGCUGCUUUACGAAUAUUUUCUGCUGUGCCUAAUCUAAUCACCGAUCAGCCUAUUGAUGUUUUAAAACAAGUUUUUUCUGCUAAUUUACGGGAUGCUGAUAAUGCACCUAUUCGUAUGGCUGCACUUAAAGCUGCUGUAGCAUUCAUGCUGGAAGCAAAUCAACCAAGUCGUACUUCUUUUUCUGAAUUAAUGCCACAAAUGCUUGAGGUCUUAUCUCCACUUGUAGCACAUCGUGAUGAAGAUGGUUUAGUUGAUGGUAUAAUGGUAUUCAUUGAAUUAGGUGAAAACUCACCGCGUGUAUUUAGGCCAGUACUCCCUAUCGUUAUGCCUUUCGCUAUAAAUAUUAUGAAAGAUAAAUCAUUUGAAGAGGGUACGCGUCAGACUGCUCUCGAACUUUUGCUUACUUUGUCGGAGGCUUCUCCGUCAAUGAUGCGCAAAACUCCGGACUUCUGUUCGCAAGUUAUCCCCAUAUCUUUGGAGAUGAUGACAGAAUUGGACGAUUAUGAAGAAUGGUACACAACUGAUGACUUAGAUGACGACGAUAAUGAUGAAAACUAUGUUAUAGGGGAACAUGCCAUGGAUAGAUUAGCUCGUAAUAUUGGUGGAAAAGCUGUACUCCCCAUUGCCUUUAAUUAUAUUCCCUCCAUGUUGGGUUCAGAAAAAUGGGAACAACGUCAUGCUGCACUUAUGGCAAUAUCUGCUAUUGGGGAGGGUUGUGUUAAAAUUAUGGAACCUGAAUUGGGUAAAAUUAUCGAUUUGGUUUUACCGUAUUUACGAGAUCCUCACCCUCGAGUAAGAUAUGCUGCGUGUAAUGCAAUCGGUCAAAUGUCGACUGAUUUCCAAGAUUCUCUCCAAAAGAAAUUUCAUCAACCUGUACUUACUAAUUUAAUUCCUAUAAUGGACACUCCGGAACCGAGGGUUCAAGCCCAUGCAGCCGCUGCCCUAGUUAAUUUCUGUGAAGCUGCAGAUAAGGCAAUUCUAGAACCUUAUUUGGAUCCUAUUUUUGAAAGGCUCCUUGUUCUUCUAAAUUCUGGAAGAACUUAUGUUCAAGAGCAAGCUAUAACAACGAUAGCUACAGUUGCAGAUAGUGCAGAAGAUAGAUUUGUCAAGUAUUAUAGUGCUAUUAUGCCUUUAUUAAUAAGCGUUCUUAGAAAUGCUCACCAAAAAGAAUAUCGAUUAUUACGAGGCAAAGCCAUGGAAUGUGCAAGUCUUAUAGCCUUGGCUGUAGGGAAAGAAAUUUUUGCACCAAAUGCUAAUGAGUUCAUUCAAUUAUUGGUUCAAACACAACAAUCAGUCACUGAACCAGAUGAUCCUCAAACAUCAUAUCUUAUUGCUUCAUGGGCAAGAAUAUGCAAAGUUCUUGGCGCAGAUUUUGUUCCAUACCUACCUAUCAUUAUGCCCCCUCUUCUGCAAUCGGCACAAUUAAAGCCUGAUUUUGCUAUUUUAGACCCCGAUGAUGAUAUUGAUUCUAAAUAUUCAGCUGAAGAUGGUUGGGAAUUUGUCGGUGUUGAAGGUCAACAAAUUGGAAUAAAAACGACUGUUUUGGAAGAAAAAUGUACCGCUGUUGAAAUGCUUAUAUGUUAUGCUCGAGAGCUUGGUCCUGCCUUCCAACCGUACGUUGAGGACGUUUUGGAAAUCGUGCUACCACUCUUAAAAUUUUAUUUUCACGAUGGUGUCCGUAAUGCAGCAGCAGCAACCAUUCCGCAUCUCCUUAACUCAAUUAAAAAGGCUAAUGCUAGUCAUGAAUAUAUACAAUCAAUGUGGCAUACAAUUGUGAAAAAAGUUAUCGAAGUUAUCAUGAGCGAAGUUGAUCCCACCUUUUUGUGGCAACUUUAUGUUACUUUUUACGAAUCAUUAGAAAUAGUUGGUGAUAAUAGUCUUGAUGAGUCGCAUUUAGAAGCUUUUACGAAAGCUACCGAAGUUCAAUUGCAAGAGUUUUAUCAAAGAAUAAAGCAACGAGAGCAAGCAAGACACAGUGGAGAUUAUGAUGCUGAAGAUGAAGAUAUAAUUAUGGAAGAAGAGGCAACGGAAGAAGGUGUUCUUGGUGAACUUUCAAAAGCUUUACAUGUCAUCCUUAAAACACAUCGAACGUCUUAUCUUCCAUCUUUUGAUAAGUUGUUACCAAUCGUAUCCAUGUUCUUGGCUGAUGCUAACCCUGCAGCUCGUCAAUGGGCUUUGUGUGUAAUUGAUGAUGUUAUUGAAUUUACUGGGCCUGCAUCAUGGGUUUAUCAUACUCAUUUCUUAGAAAAAAUGAUUGCAUCGUUAAUGGAUAUAGCCUCCGAUGUUAGGCAGGCUGCUGCUUAUGGUAUUGGUGUAUGUGCUCAAUUUGGUGGCGUGAAUUACUCUGAAGCUGUUGCAGAGGCACUAAGUAAUUUAUUCCAAGUAAUAAAUUCUGAUGGCUCUAGGAGAGAAGAAAAUAUAUAUGCAACUGAGAAUGCUAUAUCUGCUAUAACUAAGAUUCUAAAAUUCAAUAAUAGUAAAGUUGACGUGAACGCUGUGCUUCCAGCUUGGUUUGCAUCCCUACCUAUUAUCUAUGAUGAAGAAGAAGCAGCACUUACUUACACAUACUUGCUAGAUUUGCUAGAAGCUCAACAUCCUCUCGUUCUUGGUAAUAAUAAUGAAAAUAUUCCACGUAUUGUCAAAAUUUUCACUGAGCAAGAAUUCAUUACACCUUCAGAAGCUUGGAUAUCAAAAGUUACUGAAUCACCAGCGGAAGAACGAAUUCCUUUAGCUGUUGUUGACACCGUUUUAAGCAAAUUAAAUCAGAAUAAUAGGAAACAUCAUGUACAAAUAUUUAAUCGCCAAUCGAUGCGCCAAAUACUCGAACAACUUCAAUUUAUCUACGAUCAAAAAUGUAAAGACGCUUUAGAAGGGCACAUCAGAGUUGAAAAAAAAGAUUAUAAUAAUAUCAAAUGGAUCGAAUCAUUUCCCGAAGAAUGGCCACAAUUUGGAAAUUUAGAAUAUGAUCAAGAAGAAUUAGACAGAUACGCUGAUUUGCGAUCACGUGUAAAUCAAAUUCAAAAAAAUUAUAUUACAAUGAAGGAGAAAUGUGAACACUAUAAGAAUCUUCGCGAAGCUCUAGCACCGUUAAAUAAAUCAACCAUACAACAAAAUUUGGUUGCAAAAAAUGCGCCUGUUAUUAAUGAAAUUAACAAAAUGAGGAUAUUGUUGCCAAAACUAUUAAGUACAUUGCAAAGAAAAUCAGGGUUUCUUAAGAAAAAACUUAAUGAGAAUUUAAAAUCUGAAAACGGUGAAAACUUUAGAAAUACGCUUGAUAUUGUCAAAGAUAUGUUCAAAGCUGAAGAGUAA